AUGUCCGCUACAAUCGCCAUCACCACCAACACCACCAUCACCGCCGCCGCCGCCGCCGCCACCACCACCACUACCACCACCACCACGUCCCUUUUAUUCAUCCUGUUCGACGAAGCACUCCCCCUUUUGUUGCAUUCUAUGUUUGUAAGAAAACCCAAUUCUUUUUCGUCUUCUGCUAUCGCCCUGAUGAUCUUUCGCAUGCAUUGCUUUUACUGUCUUUAAAAUAGCACAUCCGAUGUUGACCUUGACCAGCACUUUCCCUUAAAACCAAGAUUUAGUUUCGAUAUGUGUAUUGUCUGUUUAUAUUGUAAUUGUGGAGCGUGUAAGUAGUUGGUCCUUACCAAUAGCAGCUGUGGUCAUGCAAUUUGUGGUAGUCACUGAAUAAAAGUAGGUGUUACCAACAAAGGAAACGCGGGACUAAAAAGGCCUGCAGUUAAAUCCUAAUUUCCCCCGUUUGCAUAGCAAACAUCCGAUGGAGAAGAGGAAAAGAAGAACCGGAUUGUUUAAUGUGUAGCAGAAGUAGUGAAAGGACCUCGCCGGUGUAAGCAUUUCAUAUGCGUCAUCUAAAAUAUUGGCCACUUCAACAACAGCAACAACAACAACAAGAGUAAUUAUAAGAUAUUUAGACAUUUGCGUACUUUUUCGCCUCACACACAGUAGCGUAGUGUUGGGGGACCGAGACGGGGUCUUGACUUCCGCAGGGAAGGACACAGACAACGGUGCUGAAGUUUUUAAUAAGCAUGGCAAGUGCCACAUCGAGGAGUGGUAAUGCACUGCUUUCAUAAAUAUUGUCCUUCUGCUGGAUGCUGCCGUAACUUCUGAGAUAUGCGAUCACGAAGGUUUUCCUCCUCUCAAGCUUAGAGGCGUUUAAUACGAAUUACUACGUUUGCUUCUGACAAACAAGGUUAGGACAGUAGCAGACCAAGACUAACGCGUCGCCGGUCCAGACCACCUUGCAGGAAUUGUCUGCAUUAAUUUCAGCCUAUGAACGUGCUAGUGACAACACAUGCUUCAUUUUACUUGAAUGAUCGCAGUAAAGUCUCCUGUCCCUAGACCAUGCGUAUUAUCGAAGUAGUUAAUUGUCUAAAAGAAGGUGGGCUAAGUUUUCUCCUCCCUAAUCGAAUGUAAGUCUCUCUGGAGCAGGUCCGAGGCGGGCGACCUAAAUGACACAAGGUCUGGGAGCGCUGCCCUAUGAAACCGGAAUGUCAACUCUCAACCUUUUUUCUCCUUCCUACAGGCAAUUACGUGACGAUCCUAUACUAACAUUUUGUAGUAUCAAUGGCCUGGACUGUUUUUUUAGAUCCCACUGAUUUCUUCACUCAAGCUAGCACGCCCACUUUGCGCGGUCAUGCCCUAAAACUACGCGCAGGGAAAUCAAGAAUCAAUGGACGAAAGUUCUUUUUCAAUGGCCGAGUGGUUGCAGCGUAGAAUGUCCUACCUACCGAUGUUGUAAUCGUCUCCUGGGUUAAUUCCUUCAAGUGUAGACGUGACGCGUAUUAAGCUUCCCAAUUAGCAGCCUCACAUCCACUCACAUAUCCCGGCACCAACUUAUACGUCUUUAUACUAUUUGUAAAGAGUAAGUAACCGUUGAUUAGUACCUUUUCGACUAGCUGUCAGCUGUCCGCGAUUAUGUAUAAAAUCACUUCCUCAUCUUCCCACUUAUCAAUGUUUUUCUCUGACGACCUGUAACCAAUAGAAAGUUCAAAGACGCUCCCCUGUAUUUUCCUCAAUAAACUGAAUUCGAAACUGAAAUUUAGAUUCAAGGAAUCGCGCGACCGGGCAGAGAAUAUGCGUACGUUGUGUUCCUAACACUGGACAAACUCUUCACUGCGUCCUCCCUCUUCCACCAACUAGCCGUUUGGACACUUCGGUAAACAUUUCGGCAUUGUGAUUUUGCUUACCAUCUCCUCGCAAAUCUACUCCUCAAACCACAUUUACCACGAGAUGAGGCGUCAGUACCUUUCAAAACACGUUAUUAUUAUUAUUAUUAUUAUUAUAAGAUGGCAAGUAAUAGACAGUUACCUAGUACCUCCGAUUCAUUUGUGCAGAAGUCAAAAUUUGCUUGUGCAGAUGACAAGGUUAGAAAGCUUGCAAAUUUGUUGGCUUUUGUGCUAAGAAAAUCAGAUAUGUUCGUUUGAAAAUUGAGUCCGCGUAAUACAAUGAGAUCGAGAGGUCUACUGUCGCGGCAAGAAACGUCUGAAAUCCUUUGUUACAUCAGAGGCAGACGCCGGCGGACAAAAAUCGUCGGAGAUAAUGAACGUCAAGCGACAGCGCUGCGGAGAAAUGAAACCAGCUCCUAAGUUGCAGCUUGGGACGGAACCCGACAUUAUCUUCGAGUUUGACGAGAUCGAAAUUCGGUUCGAUCGCAGUUGGUAGCUAGGAAUGUGGAUGCGGACGGCGAGGUCCCUGGCCCUUACCUUAACUUCAUACUUGAACUCUAAUCCUAACCGUAACCCAAAUACCUAAUCCUAAGUCCUAAAACCCAACCGUAACUGUAAUCCUAAAAUUUAGCUCUAGCACUGACCCUAACCCUAACCUUAACCCGUUACUUUAACCAUAAUGCUAAACCGUAAUCCCAACCUUAACACUUAAGCCUACUCCUAAACAUAACCUUAAAACUAAACCCUAACCGCAACUAUAAACCUAAAAUCUAAAAGUAAAACCCUAAGCCUAACCGUAAACCCUAACUGUAAUACGGAAACCUCACACUAAACUUAACCCUAAAACCAAACCCGAAAAUUAACCCUAAAAUCAAACCUGACCCUAACCUUGAAGCCUAAACCUAUGCCAAUAAACAGAAAACUAAUCGAAAUCCUAAAACCCAACGCUAACAAAAACUUUAGCCAUAACCCUAAACCUAACCCUAACCUUAGCUCUAACACUGAUUCUAGCCCUUAAGCAUAGCCCUAACCCUUAUCCUAACACUGAAACCUGAUCCUCAAACGCAAACUCUUAUCCCAAAACAUAGCCUGCGCCAACCCUUACCCUCACUAAAUCCAACAGCUUGUCCGAAAUCCGCGACCUGCCUAAAUCAGUAAGAGCAAGUUCCCUAAACAAGGUAAGCACAGCUACAGAUAACAAGUAAGUAAGUCGACAGUAUCAACGUAUAAUGUCUGUCUACCAACUGCGAUCUUACUCGAAAUUCUAGCGAGAGGUGAUAGCAUCUUUAGACGCGAGCUGCCUUAAUCAUGCUCCACCGGCUUCCAUUUCAAUGGCAGGUGCAAUGACCUGCUCCACCCAUAUGCAGCGCUGUGAUAAAUCUCAAUCGAUUAAUUUAGCUGUAACUUUCUCAUAUAUGUGGUGGCAUAGAGCUUACCUCCUUUAAAAUGCCGCAACCGCUAAUGCAUGAAUGGCCCGUAACAGAAGCUGCCUCUGAGGCAUGGUUUGAGUAUGAAUCUAAAAUGUAAGGCAAGCAAGGCGAUCGCGUCAUGAACCAAGAUGAACACAACGAAACUGCAGUCACUAUGUUUUAUUCUGCACUUAAAUUCAGCUCGUUAAUCACGAGGUUUCCAUGGCAAGAUUUAGUCGAUAAGCAUAAAUUUCAGUGGAGGCUUACAAACUUUUAGAGGAGUAAACUGCAAUUAAUUUUUUCAACCGAAAUUUUCGAGGCCUUCAGUAUGUGCGUGGCACGCUGUGCGCAUGCUCUGGGUUCUUAUUCGUCGAAUACAUCCGAAACAUUUUGAUAUCACACACACAUCAAAUGCGCAUACAUUUGACAUACCGUUUGAAAUACUCAAAAUGUAUCGAGAAACACCGAAACUGCUGUCGAAGACACUCGUAACCAAGUUUAAUUAGAUCGUCCAAUUAUUGCGAUUUAGACGCACUUGUCCAUAUGGUUGUAUAAAAUGCCUUUCUCUUGUUAUCCCUGCUUAUUCCGCAGACUACUGGCCCUUCUCCAUCCUCUGCGCUACCAAGAAUAUCAAAGAUUAUCGGCUCACCGUCCCAUCAUUCUCUUCCUAUGGGCCGUCGUGCUGAUGUUCACUGUCCCCAUUCCAAUAUUCAUGUGUUGCCCUGCAUAUGCUCGGAAUGGCCGUCGACUUCUGCUCCUCAACACCAUAUUCUGCGUUUAUCUGCCCCUGCUAGCCACAAUCUGCAUAAACUUCUUUAUUGUCAUGGCUGUCCGAAAGAGACGCCGAACUGGCAGAUAUGCCUGCAAGCUGAAAUUGUUUUGCGUCAGACGCAAUUCAUCGUCAUCACAAGAAAGCCAUUUAUCGUACGUGAGACAAACCUACCCACGCGGAGAGCUGAACCGCUACCGAAGGCCACCUUCAAAAUUGGCCAACAGAAAUGUUCAUAGACCUGUUUGGCAAGGCAACAGCGCACACGUUGGACUGGCGAGUGGGCUUGCGCAAACGCGUCCCCAGGCUGUGGUGGCAUCUGAAUUAUGCAGCCCUCUCCCAGGCUGUCAGUCCUCUGAACAGGAUUUCAAGAGGCCGCCGUUUGCGCCUACAGUGUUAAGCGGCAGAAGGCGAACAACAGACGACCAACUCGGUUUCAGUGACAGAAGUGACCUUAGCAGGUUUCUGCGUGUCAAUACCUGGCUGACCCCCAACACUGCAAGCCAACCGGAGAGACUUCGAAGCUCGUCUGAUGUCUCAACGUUGGUGGUGCUGAUUGAGGGCGGACGAACUACAUUUCUCCGUUUUCGUGAAAAAACAUGUUCGCAUCUGCAGUGUUCCAUGUCUGAAAUCGAGUACUUCCGAAGCGCCAACAGUGAGCCACUUAUGAACUCCACUCCCAAUCCUCUCUGCACGAAAAUCACUGAAGUUGUACAGGUGGAGCCUGAAACUGCGAAGGUGGAUGGCACGCAAGAAAAAGGUGAGAAUGUUGAGCAGCCGACGAGGAAACAACUACAUCCAGAGGAAGCUGGAGACAGAGAAUUGCGCAUAAUAAGUUGCGGCAAAAACAGCUCAGAUUGCUUAGAGUCUCAGAGGAGAAGCAAACGACCUCUCCUGAUUUCUGAUAGAAUUCGAACGCAUGUCAAGAAGCGCACUAGCAUGCUGGCCGUCGGAUUUACCGGUGAGUUGGCAUUCAGUAUAUGACAAGUUGCCGCAGUGAUAUCUGACUUUCUAACCGUCUUUAACAAUCGCAGCAAAGGCGAUUUUUAUACUCAGCUUCUUCGUGUUUUAUACUGCGUGUGUUCAAUGCAUUUACUUUGAGGCAAGUUCUGGAGGCGAAAUGUUUUACUAUAGAAACCAUAUGACCGGACUUCCGGUCCAUAUUUUAUGAAAGCAUAUUUAACCUAGCCAAUAUUGAAAAUCAUGUCCAUUAAGGAUUUAAAUCGCCCUUACGUCACCAAGUUUUAAGUGCAAAAUGAAGCCGAGGAUCUAAUGAUGGUUCCAGCGGGAUCUUGACCAUUUUGCUCUGGAUACAGUCUUCCCAUUCGCCUGUACUCCACCGCUCUCACGCUUACCAAUUCAAUACACUUCUUCCUCAUCUCAUAUCUAUUGCUGUAUUCAGUUAAAGUAGAAUCCGAAGGGCGUAACGGCAUCACACGCUCUAGGAAUACUCUCUCCUACGUGAAGGCAUCAAAAACAGUGUGAGAUCGAACAUCGAGCAUAGUCUGGUUCCAUCUGUGAGAUUUUGAAAAAUUUGACUGGGUUGCUGUGACUAAGUGUUCAGUACCUUAAUUGCAUUUAAGGUCAUACAGGCCAAAUCUAACUUUGUGGCCUUACCCAACCACUUUUCAUAGUAGUUUCACCAGGAAUCCUUUAGUAACUUUUAGCAAAUAUGACAUUUGGACAGGACCAGUUGGCCGUGUCUUUGUCCACCUUCUGCUGCUGUUUGUUCCUUAAGCACUUAUGGCAAAUUGCACUACAGCAUGCCGCUUUGAGCAUUCUAUUAUUUAAAUGGAAGGUUGUUCUUCUACUCCAAGGUAGUUAAAUCCUCCAAGAUAUCAUCAUUGUUAGAGAAAAUAUCCUGAAUGCCACAUCCACAAUAACUUCAGAAACAAGUGCCUUCUACUAAAGUGAUGGCCAGGUUUCACCUCUAGUCAAACUUUGUUAGACGAUCAUCUUGUACUACUUGCUUGCUAUCAGUAGGCGUGAUUACCUUGAAUUCGUAAUCCUUCGGUGAAGGUUAGGUAAUGCGGUUCAGCGCAAGGUUUGGAUUGCGGUUAGGUUUAGGUUUUAGGGCAAGGUUUAGGCUUGAGGGUAACGGUUAGGGUUUUAGGAUAAGGAUUUUAGUGUUUAGCGUUGGGGUUAGCGUCAGUUUUUAGGGUUAGGCUUAGGUUUUAGGGUAAGGAUUGGGGUUUUAGUUUUUAGGGCUGGGGUUGGUGUUUUGGUUUCAAUAUUUAGGGUUUAGGGUUAGGGUUUUAGUGUUUACUGUUUAGGAUUAGGGUUAGGACUAGGGUUUCAGUGUUUAGUGAAUGACGACUGGAUGGUAAAUCGGAAAUCACAACCCGGAUGUCAUGCGGUGGACUGCUCACUGCGCCAAAAGCAAGUAAACAUAGGUUACAAACCAUUGCCUCCCCCUUCUUCUUUGGCUUAACUUUACCGAUCUUCCCUUUUGAUCUUCCCUUUUACUGAUCUUCCCUAAAGCCUUACCGUAAUUGGAUUUAUUCUUUAUUUGAUCUGCUUAUACAACACAGUCCACUCAUAUCCAUUGCGUUUGCUGUGCUUUUCACGUUCAACUGGUCAUUGAGAUCUUCUUGCCUAUCCGUCCUAUUAAAUUAUACCACGGUGAAUUUUCGCACCUCGUUCUGCGUUUCAUAUUUCAGCCAGUUAUUCAGAUUAUAUAAACUCCGUUGACUUUUAUGCACAUGGUUUCCGUUGCGUACACCUUACCACCCCAUCUAUCUGCGCAUGCAAUUACCCUACCCGUAAAUACCCUAAUUCCAACGCUCUCGUACAAAUGGCAGCUUAGGUAUGUCAUCCACAGUCAGGGCUAUAAACUACAAUCUGAUAAAAAUGUUUGAAGCUACUUAGAGUACUUGAAGUAACUUUGUGAAACACAUAGCCCACAGGACGCCUCUCACUAACUCACAGUCGUUUUCAUCCGAACCGCCGACAACUGACCUUUCUUCUACUGUUUUAGCAAGCUGUUUGUUCUGCUGGAUUCCCUUCAUCAUCAUUUCAUUCCUCAACGACGCCUGCCAGAUCUACUCUGAAGGAACAGCUAGUGCCCGUUGUGAUAAGCUGGAGGCGGCCUUGAUAUACACCGUUUGGCUGAAGUACGCAAAUUGCGUUUUCCAUCCAGCUUCGCGUCUUUUCCUAGAAUCCAACUUCAGAAGGGCGAGACAAUCGAUAUAAUUUUCCCAAUGCCCUACCCUCCUGACGAAGAGAUUCUUAUACUUUCAUCCGCACCUGUUUCUUAUUAAUCCCAGUUUUUUCCAUUGUCUGUUCUAGCAUCUGCCUUCAUAGUCACCGGGAAUGCAAUAAAGCCUGCAUAAGUGAAACGGUCGGAUUUGGAGGACUUCAGUGUUUGCCUCCGAUAUUACAGUUUUUGUUUGCGAAGUUAAAGUCGUAUCUUCGCAGGUUAAUAUAUUUGCGAGUUUUUCCCACAUUACGCUUACGCAUGCCGCGGCUGAUGAAGUUGCGCGAUUAAUCAUACGCUCUAUGCACCCACCGAAUAUAUUGCAGUUCAACAACCUUGUCUUCUGGUUCACUUCAAGGUGUUUCUCCAUGCCGGUAUAGCGUCCUUACGCAAAUGCGUUUGCGGCUGAUUGUGUGGUUGCUGUUGGAGCUUAGUAAUUGCGGCGUAUUAUUCACUUUUCCGUACGCUUUCAUUUGCAGACAACCACAAUCUUUGCGGCAAAUGGGAAUGUCAAGGAAGGCAGUUGGUUAUUUUCCUCCUCCUCCUCCUCCUCCUCCUCCUCCAUCGUGAAUUGCAUGUCCGUAAAGAUGGCAUUGCGAUGUCCUUUGAAUUCCAGCACCUGA